AUGAAUACACCAUCUAUGUCAGGUGGUAAUACACCAAAGGCAAAUGGCUUGGGAUUACUCACUGUAUUGCAAACAGAGUUGAGAUCGAUAUCUCAAGAGGCACGUUCAAAGUUCCCUGCCAUCAAAGAGGCAAGUGAACGUGGUAUUCUAAAAUUGAAAUACAUAGAAGAGCAAUCAACAUCAAUAGAAACAUUAAUAGUUGCACUUUCAAAAUCAGAAGAUGUAUUAAAACCAUUCUUAAUGUCAUGUGAUACCAAGAAUCAAAAGAUGGUAUCGAUUGCAAUUGGUUCAAUUCUAAAGUUGAUUUCUCAAUCCGCUGUUUCAAUUACAACAUUACCAUUGAUUCUAAGUAAGAUGUCAAUGUUGAUCGAUAUUGGUAGUGAAGAACCGGUGCAGCUAAAGGUUUUACAAGGAUUACUUAUUUUGAUAACUACAUUGCAUGAUCUACACGAUGAUCUGUUGGCACAGUGUUUGGUAUUAUGUUUUCGAUUGCAUUGCAGUAAGAAUACAUCGAUUCAAAAGACAUCAUCUGCAACAUUACCACAAAUCACAAGAAUCAUAUUUGAUCGUGUAGUUUUAGAGAUGAAUAAUAGUAAUAACAACAACAACAACAACAAUAGUAAUAAUGAAGAUGAUCAUCAAUCUAAUGAUGCUGCAACAAUGGAACUUAAUCCAAUUGGUGGUGAUCAACAACAACAACAACAACAAUCAACUACAGAGUCAACAAAUGAUGAUAAUCAACAACAUGAAAAUAACAAUAAUAAUGAACAAACAACAACUACAACUACAGCAACAAAUGAAGAUGUAUCAACAACACCAAAUAAUACAGAUGAACAACCACAACAACAGCAACAAGAAGGAGGAGUUUCAAUUACAAAUUCAAGUAAUUCAUCACCUAUUUUAACAUCAUCGGUUUCUGCAACUGCAAGUACACCGACGAUGAUCGAUCCAGUGUCACCUACACUUGGAAAUAACAAUAGAGCACCACCAUCACUGAAGCCUUGUGCACGUGAUGCCUAUCUCCUAUUACAGGAUCUCUGUCAUAUUACAGGUGGUGAUAAUCCAUGUUGGUUACCACCAACUACCACCAUUUCAAGAGCAACCGGUCUAGAAUUAAUUGAAAUGAUUAUAUCUGUACAUCAACCAAUAUUUACACAUUUCAUUUCGAAAUAUAGCGAGGUGAUGGUGACUGAAUCCGAUGUUUUGUUGACAAAGAGUAUUAGGAUGUUGGAGAGUGAUUCCACUCCUUGGAUGCAAGUGUUGGCGUUGGAAUCGUUCAAGGUCUACAGUGAAGAUCCUCAGUUACUGAGAAUGUUCUAUAAGAACUACGAUAAGGACAACAAUGCAGCCAAGAUCUUUGAGAAUAUGGCAUCGUCCAUCGGUCGAUACGUUCAGACGCUGUACGUGUUGGACAGCUCUCACUAUGUAUUCACUAACACCGCAAAGAACAGACUGAUGGAUAUGCUCUGGCAGACCGAAGCACCGGCAGUGCGUGAAUCCUACAUUAUCUCGGUGUGUACCGAGUGUAUCACUGGCAUCGUCAACUCGGUCGCUGAGAUUAACAAUCCCGAUGUCGACUCUUUUCCACAUGGAAUGGCAUCGGCUUGUUGGGUUGCAGUGUUGGCAGCGAUCUCUAUGCUACUAAGUAAAGCUGCCGAUGAAACGCUGAUUCAGAUCAUCUUGAAAUCAUUACAGUCGUUUACCAAUACCUGUGGAGAGCUGCAUUUGUCGGCACCGCGUGAUGCUCUGUUGACUUGUUUGUGCAAGACAACGACUCCACCUGCGCUUGCCGACCAACAGCCAUCGGACAUCUCGAUAGAUGGCGAAUCAAACAGUGGAAGAUCAUCUAAUAUGCUUGACAAGUCUGGCAAUGCCGACGAUAAGAACAAACGAGAUCAACUGCCAAUGUUAACGCCAUCGCAAUACUAUCCAACCUCGAAAAAUAUCCUCUCCGUAAAGACACUGUUGAAUAUAGCACAUUGUAUGGGAUCGGUUUUAGAUGAAGCAUGGAUAUUGGUGUUGGAAACACUCGAAACUUGGGACAAGGUUUUGAAAACAAUGCAUCAACAGCAGCAACAGGAAGAGCGUACCAGUUCAUCGUCAUCGGUCAACAAUGUAUCGAGUCCGCGUAUCGGACAAGGUGAAGUGCCCAUCUUGAUAACAGCAAUGAACAGUCUCUUUAAAUCAUCGUCGCAACUCGAUGAGCGAUCGAUCAACUUCCUCUUUGACGCACUUGCCAAGCUGUGUCAACAGACACUGUCGAAAUCUGGAUUCCAAAUUAAUUCGCCAACCAAUAUGUUUGCCAUUAACAAGCUGGUCGAGGCAUCGAUGGCCAAUCUCAGUAGAAUCGAUAAACUCUGGGGAUUUGUAUCGACCUAUAUCGUUGAGACAUGUAAUCAUAAGAAUGCAUACGUACGUCUGUUUGGUGUAGAUUCACUCACCAACAUCAUAAAGACGGCACUCUCCAUUCCUGCACCGCCAUCCAGCGAGAACGAAGACGACGUCACCGACGAAGCAGCUUCAGAGUCGGAGGAUGAAUACGUGCCUGCAGCGAAACGCUAUAGAAAGUGGAAUAUCGAGAGAAUGCAAGUCGAGUUCUUCAAUACCAUCGAGGAGAUCUCGUUCUCACAGUAUGUCGACACCAAAGAAAAGAUAUUGGAAUCGAUCCACCAGAUACUCUCAUCGUCUGGACAGACGCUUUCAACAGCCUGGCCCAUUCUCCUAUCGAUCCUGCUAAGAGUAGCGCAAAACAAUGAGAAAGCAUUCAUUCCCAUUGCUUUCGAGAGUCUCAAGUUGAUCUGCAAUGAGUUCCUCUCGAAUCUCACACCCGAGUGUCUUGUCCUGACGAUCGAGGUAAUCUCUGCAUUCGUAUCACAGAAAUCCGAUAUCAAUAUCAGUUUAACCGCUAGCUCUGGACAGCUGUCGGAUUUGACCUACUUCUUGGCCAACGAGAAUGCAUUGGCCACCUCGAAAUACAACACUACAACGAUCGAACAAAUCAAUCAAUCCAUAGAUCAAACUCGUAACACUGAAGAUAAAGACAGUCAACAGCUUCAAAUGAAUAACAAUAGGUCCAGUAGUAACCGAACCAGACCAAGCAUUCCAAAUUCCUCACCGUUCUACGUAGAGAGAAAGCAGAGCGUAAUGUGUAGAAUGUGGUUAUGUGCAUACACCUCGAUGAAACAACUAUGUAUAGAUCAACGUCCAGCAAUAAGAAACGGUGUGAUCGUUUCACUCUUCCAAACACUCACCAACUUUUUACAUCUCCUCGAUAAAGAUCUCAUCGAAACCAUACUCUGGAAUAUUCUAUUCCCACUCAUCGAAGAAGUCAAACAAUGUUCUGAAUUAGCUGAUAAAGAAAGAAUCGAUUCAGAUUUAGGUGGUGGUGUUAUGUUAUUGGUUCAUCAUAGUAGAAAUACAGCACAGAAACAAUGGGAUGAAACACAGGUAUUACCAAUUGGUAGAAUGAUCAUUGUAUUCAAAACGUUCUUUGAUACUCUGAGUCAGUUACCAACAUUCACCAAGGCAUGGGAGAAACUACUGAAUAUUUUGGAGACGGAAUCAAAGUCGUCGAGUAAAGAGGUUUCAAUGGCAUCGAUUUCAUCGCUUCACGAAAUCGUCAAUUCCAAUAUAACCGAUGGCUCACACCAUGAGCUAAGUGAAUCGGUUUGGGAAACCAUUUUGAGACUGUCGACAAAACUCACCGAUUCCACCUCUGUGGCCAAAACCCUGACUGUUUAUAUUAAAGUAUUUUUAGACCUCUAUCAAAAGACGAAAUCAUCGUUGAAUCACGCCCAAAUGCUUAGAGUGCUGCAAAUUCUCUAUCCAUUGGGACUCUACAUUCCAGAGACAACCACUGAUCUAUCGAAUCCACAAGUUCAUACAUUACAAAUGAUAAAAUCUUUCCCACCAAUUACAGAAGAAUUGUUCCCAACACUUAUUUCAAUGUUAUUAAAAUAUGUAUCGAUUGGUAUUUCCUAUGAAUACUCACCAUCGUCAUGUGAAGUAAUCUUCCCAAAUGUUGCAAUCACCAAGGAUUUAGUUUAUUAUUCUCUCAUCACUGAGAAAUCAAUGGAGCUAAUCAGUGAAUUGUUCCUUCAUCCAACAACCACCAAUUCAAUGAGAGCAUCAAUCUAUGAAGAUAUUCUUAAAGUAUUUGGUUCUGCAAUAAUGACUAAAUAUACAAAAUAUCAUUCAAAUGUUUGGAAGUUGGCAGUAUCAAAUCUUAUAAAGAUGUUACCACUCGGUUUACUUUCAAUUAAUGAAGAUUCAAAUUCGUUAAAUGAUAUAAAGAGAAAUAUGAUUUGGACAGAGUUGAUCGAUUCCAUUCAGACAUUUGUAUUACACGAAAGAAAUGUGGCCGCCAAUUCAUUGUCACCCGAGAAGAAAACGGAGGAAGAUCGUUACGAUGUAGAUUUAAUUAAUGCAAUUUCCAAAGAGAUGGUUGGAUUCUCUGGUAUUAGAGUGGAGCGUGUAUCGAUAAUCCGUGAUCGUCUGGUUGAGAUCCUCAAUGAAGGAUCGAUGCUCUCACCACAGGGCCGCGAAAAAGUAUCGCAAGCAUGCUAUCAGAAUCUUUUCUCUGUGUGUGGCAAAGCCUCUACAACCAAUUCGGAAUCGAUCGAGAUUGCCAAGAUCAUCUUGCCAGUGCUAUUGAAACGCUGCAAAGAGGUGCUACAGCGAUUCGUUGUGGACGAGCGUCAAAGUGGCAAUUGUCCGUUGCCCCGCCACCGAUUGACAGAGGUAUCGUUCAUUCUCAAGGAGAUACUCAAUCUCCAGCUGCAACCGGGAAUCUAUCAGCCAUCGAGCUCCAUGAAUCCAAACAGCAGUGCACUACUCGGUGGCAAACGACCACAUCUAUUGGAGCUAUUCACCAUCCUGAGUGAUUGUAUAUGUACAUCGGAGAAAGAAAUCAAAGAAUUACUCAAAAAUAUUUUCUACAUAGUUGCACAAGAAUUUCUAUUUUUAGAUUCCGCUCCACAAUCAUAA